AUGGUGAUCUGCCUAGCAACACGUCAGACUCCUGGGAGGAAUCUGUCCAAGAAGUAUCAGCUCAAGAAGAAUUCCAAAGAGGAGGAAGAAUUCAAGUACACCACAUGUAGAGCGUUUCUGAUUACCUUAAAUGAGCUGAACGACUACGCGGGUCAACACGAGGUCAUCGCCGAAAACCUGUCCACUCAGAUAAUCGCAGAGUUGUCCCGCUACACUCAAGAACUGAAGGCUGAGCGAAAAUCGCUCUGUGGAAUGAAGCCAGGACCAAUGUGGGUCAUGUAUUCAGGUCAGUGGAGUUUGAGAAGGUCGCCCUCCCCCCGCUCUCGGCCUCUCUUGUCUAAAGGUUCUCGCGCGAAACAGCAAGCUCAGAUGAGGCAUCAGAUAGCAGAGGACAGUAAAAACGAGUACCUGACCUACCUGCAGAAGUUCAACAAGGACCAACAUGAGCACUACUACACGCUUAUACCACAUAUCUUUCAGAGGAUACAGGAGAUGGAGGAGAGGCGGGUGGGCAGGGUGAGGGAGAGCAUGCGGGUGUACACCGAGGUCGAACAUAAAGUAUUGCCCAUCGUCAGCAAGUGUCUGGAUGGCAUGACCAAGGCAGCUGAAUCCAUCGAGCCUAAAAUGGUACCCUACUGCUGGAAAAUCCUAUACACACUUAUACCACAUAUCUUUCAGAGGAUACAGGAGAUGGAGGAGAGGCGGGUGGGCAGGGUGAGGGAGAGCAUGCGGGUGUACACCGAGGUCGAGCAUAAAGUAUUGCCCAUCGUCAGCAAGUGUCUGGAUGGCAUGACCAAGGCAGCUGAAUCCAUCGAGCCUAAAAUGGACAGUAAGCAAGUUGUAGAAUCAUAUAAGUCGGGCUUUGAGCCGCCGGGUGAUGUGGAGUUCGAGGACUACAGCGUGUCGAUGAAGAGGGCGGUGUCAGAAUCGAGCUUCCUGAACGCUCGCGGAGAGAACAGACGCAGGAGCAGGAGCAAACUGUGGCCUUUACUCAAGAGAAAUAAGCUUAUGUCUUUGUUAGCGUCGCCCCGCCAGCCCCCUCCCCCUCCCCCCACAUCCCCGUCCCCGGACGGCCUCCCCAACGGCCCCCAGUCCCCACAGCAGCCCAAGGAGCCCCUCAGCCAGCGCCUCAAUGACUUCAUGGGCACCAAACACAAAAUGCACUGCCUGCGGAGCCUGAAACGUGGGCUUUCUCUAAAGCUGGGAACAGGCCAGGAGGACUACAGUCAUCUGCCCCCUGAGCAGAGGAGGAAGAAACUACAAGCUAAGCUCAAUGACAUCAACAAGGACAUCCACAAGGAGAUGGAUCAGAGGGACGCCCUGACUAAAAUGAAAGAUGUUUACAUUAAGAAUCCUCACUUGGGGGAUCCAGACAGUAUAGAUCCACGGUUAGAGGAAAUCACACAAAGCUUGGAAAAACUGCAGCUUGAGGCACAUAAAUUUGAGGGCUGGCUGACGGAGGUGGAGAGGAAGCUACUUGAAAAGGGAUCCGAGUCUCAGAGAAGACAGAGCAGUCAUUUUGACUCGCAGGGCAACACGCCACUUACAAACAACUACGGUCAAAACCGAGAGAGUCCGGAUGGCAGCUACACGGAAGACCCCAGCACAGAGACGACCAUGCAGUUCAAAUCUCGCAGCACUGAGUUCGAUGACGAAUUUGACGAGGAGGAGCCUUUACCCACCAUUGGAACAUGCAAAGCACUUUAUCCAUUUGAAGGUCAGAACGAAGGUACCAUAUCCAUGGCCGAGGGUGAGAUGCUGUACGUAAUCGAGGAGGAUAAGGGUGACGGAUGGACCCGUGUCCGCAGAAACGAGGACGAGGAAGGAUACGUGCCCACAUCCUACAUCAAACUCUUUUUGGACACGAAUGCCAAAGGUGCUAUGACAUACAUAUAAUCCCACUUCACUGAACACCCGGAAAGCGCCAUUAGUGAACGCUGUUUACCUGUAAAUACAGUAGAACAUCAUUGAACAGAGGAGCAGACAGCAGAGCAAUUCCUGUUUUUACAAGUUCAAGAUGCCAGGUGUCAUUUCUCUGUUUGGUCCUUAUUUACCUUUUUAAUUAUUGCUCCCUUAGACUUUAUCAGUAUUAAACUAGCUCUGCAUCCAUAAGGGUACAGUGAAUUAGGCAAUAAAGACACAGCUGCUGUGUAAUUUUGAUAUACCUGAUGGAAAUGGCUGCUUUACCAACAUAUCAUGUUCAUAUUUAGCAUUAUAGCUUGGCAUUAUGGUGGUUUUAAGCUAUAACCAAGAUAUGUAGAUACUCAUGUUCAUAUUUUUAAUGAUCUACAAGCAAUCAGAUACUUUUAGAUUAAGAAUGAAAUGAUUAGAAAAUGUCAAAAGCAAUUAUUCUCAAUCCUUCUGGCAAUAAAGAUCAUUAUUUACUGAUAUUUUGACCUUAAAACUACAGAAUAAGUAGCAAUCCUGCAUUUUAACUAUAGUCCAACUGUGAUUAUUUUAAUUAUAAUAAUUUUUUAAGACGUCACAAUAUCUGACUUGAGAGAAUCUUAUGCAUGAGAGAUGGAAUAGAAUAUUUUCUCAGGUGUUUACUUUGGAGUACAUCCUUGUACCUCAAAAAAAAAAAAUUCUUUCCCCAACGGCAAAUCACAUUCGAUUUAAAAGCAUAUCAUUAAAUGUGAAGAGCUUAAGCAAUUAAUGCAUGCAUCUUUGAGACAUUUGCUAGCUUUGCAUUUACUGCUGUACAAAAAAGAUCAACUUUAGAAGUAAAAAAUAUACCAUAGUUAACGCGAUGCCUUUCGGUGUUGUGAGCGUUGAAGCAAUAAUUGAAAAGAUGCAUGUUAUUCGUACACUGACCAGCAUGGAAAACUAACACUUAACAUGAAGUUAAAUAGAAAUUUUCCAGAAGGUCAUCGCCGUGUGUAUUAGAAAUACCUACAGCAGGAAUACCGCUCUAUGUGCAUGCUAUAAAACCAGACAGGCUAUUUAUUGCUGCUUAACAGAUUCAUCAUUUGUCCAUAGCUUUAUCAGCAGCUGUUAAAUAUGCUUGAUAGUGUCGCAAGCUAACUAUAUAAAUAAUUUUGUAUGGUUUUAUACGGUCCCUGUCUUUAAUUCACACUUCAUAGUGAGGCUGCACUCUGAAGUUGAGCUUCCGAGGUUUCCUGAACGUUUUUAACCCAUUGCUGUCUGUGAAUCAACGAUUGUACAGGAGUUCUUGUGCAACAUCUCUAACAUGUCUUGUGUGAUUUCUUUUUUUUAUUUGUUUCUUUUUUGCUUUUUGUUUCUGUUCCUUUCUUUGCAGAUCCCUAAAAGUGUUUGGCUGGCACAGGAGUGGCAGGGCAAGCGUCCUUGCGUGAAACGUCCUCCUCUUGUAACUGUAGUCAGAGAGCUGGCAAAUGGGGGACUAACUGAAAGGAUAUUCCAUUUUUAACGCAACCACUUUCACUGAACCCUCUCGUCUGCCAUAAGAACGCAAACUGAUCUUUUUCAUGACUAGCGUGCUGAUUAUUUGCAAAAGCUUGCUUCUCGUAUGGACCUAGAGUAUUUAGCCUUGUGCCGUAGCUGCUUGCUGUCAGAGCCGAGCCUUUAGGUUUGUUUGCUGAGGCACAGAGUAAGUGCCGUGUACAUGUCUUGUUAUUUGCUUCAGAGCCAAGAGGAGUUUCUCAUCAAGACAUUAGGCUUAAUGAAUAUUUGUCAGUGCAGAAUGUUCAGUUAUGUGAAAACUAUAAAAAUGUGGGGGACUCAUUUUAUACAUUAUAGACUAGUGUUGUUUUUACAGUGUUUGCAAGGCGGCAGUGCAUUUAAAUCCUGCCUUUUUCUUCUUCUGUCCAAUUUUCUGAGGUUCAUAGAUUAGUUCAUAGAAAUGUAAGAUUAAGCUUUUUUCAAAAAGUAUAAAGACAUCUUGAAAUUGAUUGAUGAAUGCAGUUUUCAUUCCUAUGAUGAUGUAUUUCCUGUUUAAGUCAGGGAUGGACAUAUGCCCUUUGGUACACUACUUUUCAAAAGUUUGGGGUCAGUAAGAUUGAAUAAAUAAAAAUAAUACUUUACUCAGCGAGCAUUAAAAGCAAUGCUUUAAAUUGAUCAAAAGUGACAGUAAAGACAAAAUAAUAAA